AUGGCCGCACCCACCAGCCCUGUUUGUCGCUACAAGUUUACAGUCCUCUCCGGGUACUUCGUAGACUACCACCAAGUCGCAGAAAGGAGCCCUGGUGGGAAAGCAACGACGCAGCCUGGUCUGGGGCUCCUGGAUAAACCGUUUGGAGAUGAGACCAAUCAACCAGGUGCCAAGCCGUGGGAACGGUUCGCCGCCCACGUCAGUCGGCUCAACGCCGAGAGUCCGGAUGGCGUUGACUACAAGGUCGUAUACCUUACGAGACACGGACUAGGGUACCACAACGUGCAAGAAGCCAAGGUCGGGAGGGACGAGUGGAAUAGAUACUGGUCACAUCUCGACGGCGACGGGGUAGUGACAUGGCUCGACGCCGAGCUUGUCGACACGGGCAUCCAGCAGGCGAAAGAGCUGAGUGAAUUCUGGGCUGACGCCACGACCACCGAGAAGGUUCCCUUCCCGGAGUCCUUUUACACCAGCCCGCUCCGUCGGUGUCUCGAAACCAGCAGGCUCGCGUUCGGUGCCUUGGUCGAGGCCAAAGGCGAAGAGUUUCGGCCUCUCGUCAAAGAGGGACUGAGAGAACGCAUGACCGAUCACACAUGCGACGAGAGGAGCCCGAGGAAGUGGAUUGAGAGCGCGUACCCAAAGUACAUGUUCGAGCCCGGGUUCACCGAGGAGGAUCAGCUCUGGAAGGCCGACCGAUUCGAGACCGCGGAGGAGCAUGUUGCUAGAAAGCAGCAGGUCCUUGAUGAGAUAUUCUCAACGGACGCGAACCAAUUCGUGUCCUUGACGGUUCACUCGUACGCCAUUGCGGCCAUUCUCAGGGUUGGGGGGGAGGAAGAGUUCAGGGUGAGGGAAGGGUCAUCGAUUGCCUUGUUGAUCCGCGGGGAGAAGUCCGUGGCCUCCUAA